GGGAGAGCGGAUAUAGUGAAUGCGGGGUCCGGGGGAGCGGAUAUAGUGAAUGCGGGGUCCGGGGAGAGCGGAUAUAGUGAAUGCGGGUCCGGGGAGAGCGGAUAUAGUGAAUGCGGGGUCCGGGGGAGAGCGGAUAUAGUGAAUGCGGGGUCCGGGGAGAGCGGAUAUAGUGAAUGCGGGGUCCGGGGAGAGCGGAUAUAGUGAAUGCGGGGUCCGGGGAGAGCGGAUAUAGUGAAUGCGGGGUCCGGGGAGAGCGGAUAUAGUGAAUGCGGGGUCCGGGGAGAGCGGAUAUAGUGAAUGCGGGGUCCGGGGAGAGCGGAUAUAGUGAAUGCGGGGUCCGGGGAGAGCGGAUAUAGUGAAUGCGGGGUCCGGGGAGAGCGGAUAUAGUGAAUGCGGGGUCCGGGGAGAGCGGAUAUAGUGAAUGCGGGGUCCGGGGAGAGCGGAUAUAGUGAAUGCGGGGUCCGGGGGAACAGGCUUAACAAGGUGAAUUCAGUG